AUGACGACGCCGACAGGACCUCAGGGACCUGACACGGACGUAUCGAUCGCCCUGCAUCACCUUGCAGCGGCCCAAGAGGCUUUGCAGCGAGUACGUGCCCGAGAGGUAGGCCCUGAGACCACAUUGCUGGACGCCUACCGUCGCUUGCAGCACGACUACCACGAGCUACGUGCACAGUACGAGAAGGACCAACAGGCAUGGCGCCAGUUCAAGCGGUGGUGGAAGCGACGGCUGACAGAGAAACGUGAGCGGAAAGCAAAGCAGGCACGUACGUCCUCGCCCCUUACCUCGCCGUCGAAACGCGUCCUGGUCAGCCCACGCAAAUCGCGCGAGCGGAUCUUGGAACACCGGCGGCAGGUCCGCUCGAUGAUGCAGGAACACCCGUCCAUGUUUAAAGGACUGGGACGCUACGCUACAGAUUCCACGGAUCGGCCUGCGAAGACACGACACCACGAUACCCCGGCUACGACCCAUGCCCCCGACUGCGCCUGCUGUCACGCUUACUAUCAAGCGGUGGGCCGCGCAGCCACUACCCCUACGACUACUUUGACGUCCUCUUCACGACACCGUACCUCCGACGUACACGAUCCUACCCCACCGGACUACUGGUACGUCGGCUUCCCCAGCAGCACGCAGGAGGCGGAGGAUGAAAUGUAG